GACACAGGAGUUGGAAAAUCAAGUAUAGUUUGUCGAUUUGUCCAAGACCACUUUGAUCACAAUAUCAGUCCGACCAUUGGGUAAGUAACAAGCAAACCCAUUUGUUAUUGAUAUUAUUUUGUAUAAUUUACUGGGGCAUGCCAAAAUAACCCAAACCUAAAAACCAGACAAAAAAAAAAGCAGAAGAGCUGGACCACUGAGAUAGAUGAAUGUGGUUAACAGCCUAUCCCCUGAUAAAGACUAUCAGGGUUAUUCACUAAAGUAAGAAUAUCAAGUGAACUCAAAGUGAAUUUCAAAUCCAAGCCCAAUAUAGCUGAAUUGAAAAAAAUCUUUAAAGGGACACUCCAGGCACCCAGACCACUUCUGCUCAUUGGAGUGGUCUGGGUGCCGACUCCCACUACCCUUAACCCUGCAAGUGUAAUUAUUGCAGUUUUUUAUAAACUGCAAUAAUUACCUUGCAGGGUUAACUCCACCUCUAGUGGCUGGCUAUAGGGCACAGCCAAUAGAGGGCACUUCCUGCUCUAUAGCACAGAAAACCUGUGCUAGAGCGUCGCUGGACAUCCUCACGCUGUGUGAGGACCUCCAGCGUCGCUCAAUUCCCCAUAGGAAAGCAUUGAAAAACAUUUUCAAUGCUUUCCUAUGGGGAGCUCUAAUGCGCAUAGCGGCAUUGCCGCGCAUGCACAUUAGGUCUCCCCAGCCGGUGGGCGGGAUCAGUCUCGCCCACCGGCCGACGUAAAGACUGGGAGGAGCGGCGGCGAGAAGAAACCACCGCCGUGGGACAUCGGCGGGGUCUCAGGUAAGUGACCUGAAGGGUUUUUCACCCCUUCAGCAACCGGGGAUGGGGGGUGGGAGGGAGAGGGGACCUGCAGUGCCAGGAAAACUGAUUGUUUUCCUGGCACUGGAGUUUCCCUUUAAAUCAACUAUGCUUUCAUUUCGUCCUGAACUUUGAUAUUCAUUUGGAAUUUUCACUUGAAUAUUCCUGUAGUUCUUUAUGCAAUAUUUAUGCACUCUACUAGGCUGAUUAAUCAAUUGGCUUUAAUUCAGUUUGUAGAGAAUGACCUGUGGGAACUGUAGUCCUUUCCCAGAUCAGCUGGCAGGUGACUUUAAGACGGAAGCCCUAUUUUCUUUUUUGCAUAUGGCAAAGCAUCAGAGGAGCUCUAGUUCUACAAAAACUGCAUAUUUACAUGUUGGCCAUUUUUGUUUAAUGUAAGUACAUAGUAGUGCCAGGAGGUGGUCAUAUGGAGCUGCAAUGAAAAGCGACAUGCUUUCUAUUCUAUUAGUGGUGCUUGCUUAUUAAAAUGCUACAUAUAGAAACUAAAUGCUUCAUAAGAGAGAGAAAGCGAAAUGCUUUAUAAUUUUAUUGGUCCAUGUAUCUAUUUGCUUUGUGAUGCAGAGAGUAAGUGGAAAUAGGCUGAUGGUGACAGCUGAGAGGAAGGAAAUGCAGAAAGGAAGGAAGCCGGAAGUACAGAGAGGAAGUAAGCUGGAAGUGCAGAGAGUACUGGGCACUGUAGUCAUUGCUGGUGGUUAAAGCAUUUCAGAUUCAGUCAUCCCAAACUGCAAAACCUUAAUUCAGGGAGUUGCUUCACUAGCUACUGCACUCCCCCCCACCCUGCACAGUGACUAAACAUGUAUGAACAAGGACAUGUCAUUUUAAUAUGACAGAACACAACUAUUUAUUUAACGCACAGAUACACACACUGGCACAUACACUCAUAAACACAUACUACAUGUCACCCGACCGGGCCCCAAUUGGGUGCCUGCAAAUCAUAUAAUAUCCUGGAAAUCACACACACAAUCUGACAUACAUCGUAUGAUUUGCGGAUGUCAGUGAGCCGCAUUGAAAAUGCAGGACAUACCUGGAACCUCUGGGAGAGUUGCGAUGUCUGCCAAAUGGAUUAUAUAUAAAAUGUAUUUAUUUUACAUAUAUAAUCAAUUUUAUAUACUAAUUAUUUUCUAUAUUAAACAUUAAUUUCUGUGUUUGUUUUUUAUUCUCUCCUUUUUAUUUUUUAAUAGUAAUUAGCUUACUUCAUAAGCCCAUACUUUGUGCCCCUUCAUCCCAACAUCCGAAAUAUUGCUGUACAUUUUCAGCAGUACAAAGUGGACAAUGGUCCUGAAUAUGUGAUUAUCAUAGCAGUACUCUAGAAACAUUAUAUGAGCAACCUGAUUGGCAGUGCCACUUUGUUGUCAAGUGUUGCUCACUGCAGAAACUUGAAAUCCUGGUGAUUUAUUGUUGUGGUGUACUGUGAUACAUACAGAGAUCUGUGAGCUGUAAUAACAAAGGGAAAUUGUUGUAGGAAAAGGCAUAAAGGAAUUUGUUGCUUCAGGAAAGUAUCAUUUAGGAGAAGAUAAGAAAAGUGGACAGGACUCGGAGUCUAGUAGAGCAAAAUUACAUUGUCAUUACCAUUUUAAAAUAGUUUUUUGUGUGUUUUCUCUUACUUACAGAGCAUCAUUUAUGACUAAAACUGUGCCUUGUGGUAAUGAAUUACAUAAAUUUCUCAUCUGGGAUACUGCUGGUCAGGAACGUGUAAGUAUAUAGUCAACCAUGCUAUCUCUAUUCACAUGUGGAUGCCAGUUGCGGGUAAACGGGUGUUGGUUUAUUAAAAACAGCAGAGAGGUAAAAAUAACUACUGAUCACAGAGAUCCUGCAUUAUUCCUACUGCCUCAACUGAAACUAGAUAGGGUAAUGGUCAUGACACAAUUUGAAUUCAGCAAUGUGAUUGGUUGGAACAUACAUAUGAAAAUAUUAUAUUAUACUGAUAAGUAGAAAUUCUCCCUUGGUGAGUGCGCACUGGAAAGGUUUGCAUUGGAAAGUAACUUUUAGGCCUGUUAUGCUGUCGUGUAGCAAGAGACUU